AUGGUUUCAGAACCAGAAGAAUGGCCUGCGUUUGACAAUUACUUGGAAGACAUUAAGCUUCUGAAAAGAAGCUUUCUAAACUCAGAGAUCGUUCAUCUGGCCCUUUGGUCCUUCUAUCUUAUUCACAAUUUGUCGUGUCCGUCUCUUAGGGUUCGUCGUAUCCUCGAAGCUUUGAUAAGUUCCAGCAACAAUGGUAUUUCUGAAUGUCGAGUGAGACGAGUCGUUGUGAAGAAGCUCUGUGUCAAGCUUCGAUUUGUCGUUCCAUCUUUGGUUCUUAUUCUCCUAGACGUUACGAGAUUUCUUGAUUCACUCAAGCACGAUGUCUCAUUCAAUGCUCUCUUAGAGGCGGUGUAUCUCCACCUACAAAAAGGUGAUAAUGGAAAGGGGACUCCAACUUCGUUGACUCAUACAACUUCCAAUUCAAAGAUUGUUGGACCCAAGAGAAGCAAGCAGGAUCAAGCUGGAAGAAAUAAAAACUUAAUGGAGACGUGUAUAUGGGAUAUCACGGUGUUGAAGGUGAUUCUUAGAUGCAUCAACGUGGUUAGCUCCUACACGAUCGGGAGAUUAAUCCAAGUUCACAUUGAUACAGCAUGUUGUUAUACGCUGUGGCUCUUCUCUGAGAUCCACGCAACAGACCGACUGCUGCAGAGGCUCUGUACAUCCCGUUCUUUCAGUGGAUUUAUACAGAUUCAACCCCAAGUGUGGCCCGAGAUAUUCCCCCUGAAACGAGGAUACCAAUAGGAUAUGGUGUUGUAGUCGGAUUUUCGGAAUACUUUAAGUUGAGUAGCGGUAUGAACUAGAGCAGAGUGAUCUGUGACCACUACAUCUUUAUUAUACAUCUGGAAGGAAUGAGGCCAGAAAGAAAAUGAAAAGACAUGCGAGUGCAUAUCAAAGCAUCAUCUUUCAGAAACAAAAGUUACCCCUCACGAAUCCCAUCAAGCGUCUCAUGCCUCCACUUGAACAAAUAUUUUUUGUACUUUGUCUUUUCCUAGAGAGAGAGAGAAGUGAGUGUUUUUCGGUUGAUAUAAAAAUGUGUUUUUUUAAUAACUAUUUAAAAAUGUGGAUCCUUAGGAAACGUAAAAAUAUAUAUUUAAAACAGUAAAUAAAAUAAAAUAAUAAAAUGUGUAAAUUUUUGACAAAA